GACGUUUACGAUCCGCUCCUUUCGUUUCUACAGCACUAAAAACCGUAAACGUCAACAUUUGAUAAUAAUUUAGAUAUGUGCUCUGAAAAAAAUGAAUUCUAGUGAAGGUAUGGUAAAAAGGCGCAAUGUGACGCGUGAGAAUAUCGAAGGGUCACCAAAAGAAGCCAACGAUGAACGAAAACCUAGCAGAGAGGAGGAGGUGGAGGAUGGAGACUCCAAGGAAACAAGAUUAACAUUAAUGGAAGAGGUGUUACUGCUAGGAUUAAAAGAUAAAGAAGGCUAUACCUCGUUUUGGAAUGACUGUAUCUCAAGUGGCCUUAGGGGUUGUAUACUCAUUGAGCUUGGCUUAAGAGGGAGGGUGGAACUUGAACGAAAUGGUAUGAGAAAAAGGAGUCUUCUUGCCCGCAAACUCAUAGUAAAGAGUGACACUCCAGUAGGAGAUGUCUUGCUUGAUGAAGCACUUAAGCACCUAAAAGAAACUGAUCCCCCGGAAAGUGUUCAAAGUUGGAUAGAAUACCUUAGUGGUGAGACAUGGAACCCCUUAAAGCUAAGAUAUCAGUUGAAGAAUGUCAGAGAAAGGCUAGCAAAAAAUUUAGUUGAGAAAGGUGUGCUCACUACAGAAAAGCAAAACUUUUUAUUCUUUGACAUGACUACCCAUCCGCUUACUGAUAAUAUUACCAAAACCAGACUUAUAAAGAAGAUACAGGAUGCAGUUCUUACUAAAUGGGUGAACAACCCACAUCACAUGGACAAAAGAAUGUUGGCCCUAAUAUUUCUUGCCCAUGCUAGUGAUGUGCUUGAAAAUGCUUUUGCUCCCCUUAAUGAUGAUGAUUAUGAACUAGCAACUAAAAGACUAAGGAAACUGCUUGAUUUAAACUUUGAGGAAGAAGCCAAUAAACCCAACACUUGUGAGGUAUUGUGGGCCGUUUUUGCUGCUUUUACCAAGUAAUACUUUGUUUUUACUGUAACAGGUUUUCUUUUAUUGUAACUUUGUAUAUUUUUCUCUUUAAUUUUUAUUCUUAUUGUUAAUAGAUUUGUGACUUUUGUCAAAAUUCUUAUUUUUAAACAGAUAAGGUUUUUCGCAAAUUUCAAAUAUGAUUUUAAGCAAAAGGGAUGGAUAUGUAAGUGAUGUAGCUUUAUUGUUCAGUAAGUGACUCCCAAAAAGUUUUUUUUUAUUCUGUGAUAUAAAAACUUAAUUCAAUGAAUAAAUUGUGUUUUAUCAGUGGG